AGGGGGCGAGGCUGAUGAGCGCGAGGUGAACGCGCGCACGAGGUCCGCGUGCGAGCGGCUAUAAGAAGCCUCGCGAGCGCCGCGCGCCGCAUACCGUCUGCGGGGCUCGAAGGCUGGAGGUGCGCAGCGAGCCUUUUCCUGUGUGUGCGUGUGGCGCUGCCGUUGUUCCUUCUGCCUCCCGAGCUCGCUCUCCUCUCGCUCGUCGGCCAUGAAGACCAAGUUCUGUAACGGCGGCGAGGCCGACCCUUCCCCGCUGGGGCUCCUGCUGGGGUGCGCCCAGGGCCCGGUCUUGCCCGCCCUCACCCAGUCUCCCUCGUCGCCGCCGCUGCCGCCUUCCUCUCACGCCGAGGCCGAAGCCAAGCAGCAGCCCCUCGCCUUGCCGCCGACGCCGCCGACCCCUCCCUCCCCGCCGGUGGAGGAGCAGCCCGACCCCCGCACCCGCCGCAAGGCGUAUUUUUGGUGCAGGGAGUUCCUGCGGGGGGCGUGGCGGGGGUUGCGGGAAGAUCAGCUGCGCAUCACGCCCAUCAGGGGAGGCCUCAGCAACAUGCUGUUCCAGUGCUCAUUACCUGAUACCAUGGAGACUGUUGCAGAUGAACCACGCACAGUUCUUCUUCGCUUAUAUGGUGCCAUUCUACAAAUGAGGUCCUGUAAUAAAGGAGGAUCUGGACAGGCUCAGAAAGAAAAUGAUUUACAAGGUGCAGAAGCUGUGGUUCUGGAGAGUGUUAUGUUUGCCAUUCUUGCAGAGAGAGCUCUUGGACCAAAGCUCUAUGGAAUCUUUCCACAAGGCCGGCUGGAGGAAUUCAUUCCUAGCAGGAAGUUGGAUACGGAUGAACUGGGCUUGCCUGAUAUAUCAGCAGAAAUAGCUGAGAAAAUGGCUAGGUUUCAUGGUAUGAAAAUGCCAUUUAAUAAAGAACCAAAGUGGCUCUUUGGAACCAUGGAGAAGUACUUAAACCAAGUGAUGAGAAUCAAGUUUACCAGAGAGUCACGUGUUAGAAAACUGAACAAGAUCCUCAGUUACAACCUGCCUCAAGAAAUGAAAAAUCUACGGUCCUUGCUUGAAGCUACUUCAUCUCCAGUUGUGUUUUGCCAUAAUGACUGCCAAGAAGGAAAUAUUUUGCUUCUUGAAGGUAGAGAGGAUUCUGAGAAGCAAAAAUUGAUGCUUAUUGACUUUGAGUACAGCAGCUACAAUUAUAGAGGGUUUGACAUUGGAAAUCAUUUCUGUGAAUGGAUGUAUGACUAUGUGUAUGAAAAAUACCCAUUCUUUAAAGCGAACUUCCUGAAGUAUCCCUCAAGGAAGCAACAGCUCCACUUCAUCUCCAGUUACCUAGUUGCAUCUCAAAGUGGGUUUGAAAAUCUGAGCAACGAAGAUAAGUCCAAAAUAGAAGAAGAAAUGUUGGUUGAAGUAAACAGGUUUGCCCUUGCAUCUCAUUUCUUCUGGGGUCUGUGGUCCAUUAUACGCAAGAUAUCAUCUAUUGAGUUUGGAUACAUGGUAAGUCUUCAAACUUUCAAUGCUUAA